GACGUCACGUCCGGCGGCGGAAGUUAGAGGCGGAGAGGGCCUGGCCGAGUGUCCCGCGGCAUCGCUCCCCUCGCUCGCUCGGCCCUGACGCUUCUGGUUCCGCCGGCCCGCCGGUAGCACAGCGUUCCCGGGCCGGUUCUCCGCCGCCUCCCGGAUCUCUGAGUGUGAGCCGGGUGUGUUUGCUCUACUCGAGGCUCACCUAAAAAAAAAAAAAAAAAAUCCCUCCAAGGAUGAAACAUGACUGACGACUCUCAGAGGAACUUUCGAUCAGUCUACUAUGAGAAAGUCGGGUUUCGUGGAGUUGAAGAAAAGAAAUCACUGGAAAUCCUUCUGAAAGAUGACCGUUUGGACAUCGAGAAGCUUUGCACAUUCAGCCAGAGGUUCCCUCUCCCAUCCAUGUACCGCGCGUUGGUAUGGAAGGCGCUUCUAGGCAUCUUACCUCCGCACCAUGACACUCACGCCCAGGUGAUGGCCUACCGAAAAGACCAGUACCAUGACAUCCUCCAUGCCCUGACGGUCGUCCGCUUCAUCAGUGAUGCCACGCCGCAGGCUGAAGUGUAUCUUCGCAUGUAUCAGCUUGAGUUGGGGAAGCUACCUCGAAGGCCUUCUUUUCCUCUGGAGCCGGAGGAUGAAGCCUUUCUUGCCAUUGCCAGAGCCAUGGAAGAGAUGGUGGAAGACAGCGUGGACUGUUAUUGGAUCACCCGAUGCUUCAUGAAGCAGUUAAAUAACAAGUACCGGGACGCUUUACCUCAGCUGCCCAAGGCUUUCGAGCACUACUUGAAUCUGGAAGACAGUAGGCUGCUGAGUCACCUGAAGACGUGUUCUGCGGUGUCCAAACUUCCAUACGAUCUCUGGUUCAAAAGGUGCUUCGCGGGAUGCCUACCCGAGUCCAGUUUACAGAGGGUCUGGGAUAAAGUCGUAAGUGGAUCCUGUAAGAUCCUAGUUUUUGUAGCGGUAGAAAUAUUAUUGACCUUUAAAAUAAAGGUCAUGGCAUUGAGCAGCGCAGAGAAGAUCACGACGUUCUUGGAGAACAUUCCCCAGGACAGCUCAGAUGCCAUUGUGAGCAAGGCCAUCGACUUGUGGCACAAACACUGUGGGACCCCAGUGCAUUCAGCCUGACAGCUCGUGACUUCACAGGCAGUCUGCAGGCCCUCCCUGAGCACAUUGUUCACAUCGCCUGCUCUACCAACUAUGGUUAGAAACAAUAGUCUCGCUGUGGUGCUCAAAAUGCAACUACCACCAGUCAGUAAAAUAAUUUAAUCAAAAUGCCUGGCGUGGCCAUGAUGUGAAGCUGCAUCUCUUGGUGACAUUGACAUGCAACUAACUCUGGGACAGUGUUAAAAGGGUGCUUAGGGAACUGCUCCUGGUCUUAGGCAGCGUAGCUUAGGGGCAGCCCCGGCACUCUUGUGAACGGUAAGAGCAGAGCCCUGCCUCCCUCUGAGCACCAACACACAUUAGUUAGGAAGGACCAGUUCUGGAAGAAGAGCAGCUUUCUUUUCCUGGCCUCUCUGACUUGGCUUUUGCCUUCUGUUUCCCUAGAACGUGUAUAAGUGUGAGCCGACCACCAUCUCAUGCUCUGGCUAAACUGGCUUGUAAGCAGUCCCUGCAUUUCCUUGCGUGUUCCCUCCCUUUGUGCCGGCAGGAAUGGAGCCUUGUCUUUUCUUUCUUGAGACAAGGCCUCAUUCCAUACCUCACUUUCUGGAACUCUAUGUAGCUGGCCUUGAACUCCUAGCGGUCCUCCUGCCUCAGCCUCCUGAGUGCUGGGAUUUUAUUAAA